AUGGGGAAGCCACUGGGCAUUAGGACACAGGUCACUGUGGCGUCUGCUGCCUGUGAGGCCGGGAGUGAGGCAUUCUUAGCUGUGCUCCCCAGCAGGGGCUCCAUCCCAAGGCAGCGGGGUGGCUCAGCCUGUCAGGAGUCACCAGACACAAUACGCCAUAGGACCCUUGUUGCCACAGGAGGCUCCAUAAGCCACCUGCCUGAAGAGAACAGCCUUGUCCACCCGUCAGUCCCAACACCACACUUGGAGCAGCGAGGCAACUGCGCUCAGUGCCCAUCCUCCCUCAGCAAUGACUACCUGUCCCUGGAGGGCCCCCGUUGGGCACCGGCCAUCAAGCAAGCCGUGCGCUGGAAGUUCACGCCCAUGGGACAGGACGCAGCCGGUCAGGCGUGGUUCACCGGCCUGACCAACUCGGAGCCACGCGAGGCCUGGUACAUGCUGCCUGGCGCGCUUGACAGACCGUACCGCGAGGCCCAUGCGCGCUGGCACGGCUGCUUUGAGAGUCGCCAGCGUGGCCUGCCGCCCGCCUACACGCAGCGCCUGCGGGAGACGGCCUUCUGGGACCCCAUGCUGCCUGCGCAGUAUCUCAGCCCGGGCACGCGCUGGGGGUGCAUGCCGUGGAGGGACAGGCACAUCCGCGGCAAGGAGUUUGUGGUCAACAGGAACCAAUUCGGGGUGGUGCCCUGGCGGUCCGACUACGUGCCCCACCUGUCGCCGCCACAGCGGCCGCGCUACACCUCGCAGGACUUCAGGCAACGGGACAGAGAGCGCCCCUGCCCGGCCACUGGCCAGCCGCCCCCGGUCUUCACGCCCACGCUCUGA